AUGGAACGAUUUUGCCGCCCCAAAAUCUUGCCUAGCAUAGUUUCCGUUCACUCGAUCGAACACAAGUUCCUUUCCCGGAGCCCUAGGUUCUCCUCUGUUUUUGCCAAUUAUCCGCUAUUGAGCUGUGGGCACAGUCGUCUAAUGCAUGUACACUCGAACACUUACAUGAGGCGAGGAAUACUUGGUGGGAGGGAACUCCUGCACGUUGAUAGAAGAACAUGGGAAAUUCAACAUUCUACUCAUUUUCUAAAUGCCUACAAUCUCACUGCACUUAAAGCAUUUCAUUCACUUGAGAAGAGACAUCAGAAAGGAUUACAAUAUGCAAACAUGUCUUCUCAAACUGUGCUAACAAGAAACAGUAGUAGUGUAGCCAGUGAAAGCUUGCAAGAGUUGCAUUCACCAUUUACAUACGAAGCUGCCAUGGAAGCGCUUUCAUCUCUGAUCACUGGAAAAAGACGUGAUGGAAAUGCAAAUACAGAUGCUAAAUACAAGAAGCUUGAGAGGAUGUCAAUGUAUGUCCAGAUAUUAGGCAUAGAGAAACAAAUUGCUGACCUUAACAUUAUCCAUGUUGCUGGAACCAAAGGAAAGGGUUCAACAUGCACAUUUUGUGAAGCAAUUUUAAGGGAGAGUGGUUUUAAAACUGGCUUGUUUACUUCUCCACAUUUAAUUGAUGUGAAAGAAAGGUUUCGUCUUAAUGGGUUGGAAAUAUCCGAAGGGCAAUUUUUACUAUAUUUUUGGGGUUGCUGGCAUCAGUUGAAGGAUAAAGUCACAGAAGACCUGCCAAUGCCUCCACUCUUUCAGUUCCUUACUCUACUGGGAUUAAAGAUAUUUGUAUCCGAAAAGGUCGAUGUUGCUAUUAUUGAAGUUGGUCUUGGAGGGAAAAACGAUUCAACGAAUGUGAUUCAGGAUCCUACUGUGUGUGGCAUUACUUCUCUUGGUUUUGAUCACAUGGAAAUUCUCGGAGAUACUCUUGAAAAGAUUGCUUCACAUAAAGCUGGGAUAUUUAAGCCUCAAGUUCCUGCAUUCACUGUACCCCAACUUCCUGAAGCAAUGGAUGUUCUUAACCAGAGGGCACAUGAAGUGGAGGCUCCAUUGCAAAUAGUAGCACCACUUACAUACGAAAGGUUGAAAGGGGUGAAGCUAAGUCUAUCUGGUGAUCACCAGCUUGCAAAUGCUGGGCUUGCUGUUUCUCUUUGUAAAAGUUGGCUCAACACUACAGGAAACUGGGAAAAAUUGUUCCCAAAUGUGAGUUAUAACAGUUUACCAGAGGCAUUUUUGAGGGGUCUUUCAAGUGCAUAUCUUCCAGGAAGGGCUCAAAUAGUUCAUGACUCGUGUUUGGGGUUAAAUGAUCAAAUGGGAUCUGAUAAAAGUUGUUGUGGGGAGUUGAUCUUUUACUUGGAUGGAGCUCAUAGUCCUGAGAGCAUGGAUGCUUGUGCUAAAUGGUUUUCUAAUGUUGUCAAGGAAAAGAUUCAUAGACCAGUCUCAUCUUCCUUUUCUAAAGGUGAAAACGUGGAAGACGUUUGUAGUAAUGGCUGCAUUCAACAGGAAGAAUCUAAAACAAUAUCCAAAAGGAUUCUGUUGUUUAAUUGCAUGGAUAUGAGAGAUCCAGAAGUUAUUCUUCCAAGACUUGUGGAUAUAUGUGCUUCAUCAGGUUCUGAUUUCUCAAAAGCAAUUUUUGUCCCAAGUAUCUCAACAUACAGCAAGGUUACUUCUGGUUCUUCAGACAUCCCUUUGAGCAUCCCCUCAAAGGAUCUGACAUGGCAGUUCAACCUCCAAAGAGUUUGGGAAAGAAUUAUUCAUGGAAAAGACAUUGGGGUAAACAAAAGUGUGAAACUGAAGAUGGAAGCUGUUGAAAAUUCACCACCUCCUGAAUUCCUGUAUGAUGAUGAUGAUAUAUCUCACUGCAAUCCUGCAAAUGGAAACUUUAGUUGCAGUGCAGUUUUUCCAUCACUACCCUUGGCAGUUUCAUGGUUAAGAAAAUCUGCUAGAGAAAACCCUUCACUUAGGCUUCAGGUUCUUGUAACUGGAUCGUUGCAUCUUGUUGGUGAUGUCUUGAAGCUACUGAGGAGGUAGUUAUUAAUUAUUAUGUCAUCUUUGAAAAUUCUUAUACAAAAAAUGCUAUCAACAUUUAAAUGUUCAAUUGUAAACAUCACGAUUACUAUUUUUGACUUAUACAAAAUUGAAGGAAAAUCAUGGCAACACUUCUAGACUUUAGUUGAUAAUGAAUAAUUCAAAAUGUCUUGUAUAACUAUAUUGUAUCACAUUUUUAGCAUGUACUU